CUAUACGAAAUCCAAAUUCUAAAAAAGCGACUAUAUUCAAUUACUAUUAAAAAAAAAUGAAAUGCAUAAAUAAAGUCUGAUCCCCAAUUAUAAGUUUAUAAUAAAAUUUUUGUCACAUAAAGUUAUAUUGCAGGUUAUUAACUGUUUAGCAAUAUGCAUAUGUUUAUAUCAUGAUAAAACCUAACCAUACAGUAUAAUAUUCGACAAGUGCAUACUAUUGACUGUAAGAAAAAAUAGAGAAAUAAGUUUUAUAUAUUGCGACUUCAAUGUUCUCAACUAAGGCACGAUUAAUACAACGCACAGGCAAGAAUGGUGUCGGACGUUAUGAUUUCUUAAAACUUUUAGCCACAGAGUACAAAACAACUAAAUCUAAAGACGCAAAGGAGCAAGUAUUGUCAAAUUUGGCGAAUUUUGCUUAUGAUCCUAUAAAUUAUGGAUAUAUGAGACAAUUACAAAUAAUUGAUAUAUUUCUUGAUAGUUUGUCUGAAAACAAUCCAAAAUUGGUACAGUUUGCUAUUGGUGGUAUAUGCAAUUUGUGCUUAGAUGCUAUAAAUAAGAUUUAUAUCUUACGCAAUCGAGGUGUUGAAUUAAUAUCAUCGUUACUUUCUUCUAGAGAUGAAGAUAUCGUGCUUUCGGCCAUUUCUACCUUGAUGUUUUUGAUCACUUCUGAAUCAAGGAAUGAAAUAACAUCAGCCGAAAUAAUUAAAUGCAUGUUAGAAUUUUCAUAUGAUACUAAUAUCCGUAUUAAAAAUUUAGCAAUCAUAUUUCUAAGUGAUUAUUGCGAAGCAAGUGAAGUGGAAAAGAUAAAAGCUGAAGGAUAAUAAUUAAUUUCCAAUAAGG